AAGAUUCGCAAUCGCUGCGCGGUUACUGGCGAGCAGUACGAGCACGUUGUCACCUCGAUCCGCAACUCGAUCGAGCCGCGCAUCCUGGACCACCUGGUUCGCUUCGUGCUGAAGAAGCGAGCGGCUGACGUGACCGAUGAAAAUCGCGGCCUGGAGAUCACGCGGCGUUGCUCAGCGCUGCAAAACAGCCACACCCCGGACAUGGACCAGCUUUUCAAGGACGAACUGAAGAUGGACCUUAAAAUUGAAGACACCGAAGCUCGUAUGGUGAAUUACUUCGUGCUGUUUGACAAGAUUGUGGAGAACCAUGGUUUGGGUGGAAUCCUCGGUAGUGGACGCGAAAAUGAACCGAAUUACGACGAACGAAUGAAGUUGCGUUGCAAGUACCUG